AUGGGUGUUAUCUCUACCGUCUUCCUCAUCCUCAUCACCAUCCUCUUCCCUCCAAUCGGUGUUUGGGCUGUUGCCGGCUGUGGCGCAGAUUUCUUAAUCAACAUCUGCCUCACAAUCCUCGGUUACCUACCCGGUCAUGUACACGCUUUCUACAUAAUAUACGUCUAUUACGAACGUAAAGAAGCCGCUAUUGCAGGUGUGAUUCCACAACGGGAUGCACCGGGGGUUUACUCGCACAGAGUCAACACCGGAGGUGUUAGAGGGUAUGGGACAUUACAGGAGCAAACUGGACCUCAGAGAGUCUAA